AUGUUUUGGGGACCCUGGCCUCUUUGUCACCUUAUGCUCUGGUAUGUGGCUCCCAGAAGACAGCGAAGACACCAUGGCCUUGCGGCCUUCAGGCUCCUGUGGUGCUUGCGCCUCCUGGCCCUCACGACCAUCCCGCAGCAGGUGUGGGCGCCCCCUUACAAGAUAGGGGUAGUGGGCCCUUGGGCUUGUGAUCCGUUGUUCUCAAAGGCUCUGCCUGAGGUUGCUGCUCAAUUAGCCAUUGAGCGGAUCAACAGGGACCCAUCGUUUGACCUGGGUUACUCUUUUGAGUAUGUGAUUCUCAAUGAAGACUGCCAGACUGCCCGAGCCCUUUCCGGUUUCAUUUCUCACCACCAGAUGGCCUCAGGAUUUAUAGGCCCUGCCAAUCCUGGCUACUGCGAGGCCGCCUCGCUCCUGGCAAACGGUUGGAACAAAGGGAUUUUCUCUUGGGCUUGCGUGAAUUACGAAUUAGACAACCAAAACAGCCACCCGACCUUUUCUCGGACAAUCCCUUCACCCAUCCGGGUGCUGGUAACGGUCAUGAAGUAUUUCCAGUGGGCUCACGCCGGAGUCAUUUCCUCCGCUGAAGACGUUUGGGUGCACACGGCCAACCGAGUCGCAAGUGCUCUUCAGAGCCGUGGUCUACCUGUAGGGGUCGUCCUGACCACAGGACAAGACAGCCACAGCAUUCGGAAGGCUCUCCAGCAGAUUCGCCAGGCGGACAGAAUUCGCAUAAUCAUCAUGUGUAUGCAUUCGGCCUUGAUUGGGGGAGAAACUCAGACGCAUCUCUUGGAAUGGGCUCAUGAUCUGAAAAUGGCUGAUGGAACCUAUGUCUUUGUUCCCUAUGAUGCCCUGCUCUACAGUUUACCUUAUAAGCAUACCCCCUACCAGGUCCUGAGGAACAACCCAAAACUCCGGGAAGCCUAUGAUGCUGUGUUGACCAUUACAAUGGAGUCCCAAGAAAAGACCUUCUAUCAAGCCUAUACUGAGGCAGCAGCUAGCCAUGAAAUUCCUGAGACGCUGGAGUCAGAUCAAGUUUCACCGUUGUUUGGAACCAUCUACAAUUCAAUUUACUUUAUCGCACAAGCCAUGAAUAAUGCUAUGAAAGAAAAUGGACGGGCUAGUGCUGCCAGCCUGGUUCAGCAUUCCAGAAACAUGCAGUUCUAUGGAUUCAACCAGUUGAUAAGGACAGAUUCAAAUGGAAAUGGAAUCGCAGAAUAUGUAAUCCUGGACACCAACUGGAAAGAAUGGGAACUCUAUAGUACUUACACUGUGGACAUGGAAAUGGAGCUGCUGCGAUUCCGAGGGACCCCCAUUCACUUCCCUGGUGGCAGGCCCCCUCGAGCAGAUGCAAAAUGCUGGUUUGCAGAAGGGAAGAUCUGUCGAGGAGGCAUUGACCCUGCCUUUGCUGUGAUGGUCUGCCUUGCUUUGCUUAUAGCCCUGCUGUCUAUUAAUGGAUUUGCUUACUUUAUAAGGCAUCGUAUAAAUAAAAUCCAGUUGAUUAAAGGACCCAACAGAAUUCUACUUACUUUGGAGGAUGUGACGUUCAUCAAUCCCCACUUUGGCAGUAAGAGAGGAAGUCGUGCCAGUGUAAGCUUCCAGAUCACCUCAGAAGUCCAAAGUGGGAGAUCCCCAAGGCUCUCCUUUUCGUCAGGGAGUCUAACUCCAGCUUCCUAUGAAAACUCCAACAUAGCAAUUUAUGAGGGUGAUUGGGUGUGGCUGAAAAAGUUCCCCUCUGGAGGUUUUGGAGACAUUAAGUCCAUCAAAUCGAGUGCAAGUUAUAUGUUUGAAAUGAUGAAGGAACUGCGUCAUGAGAAUAUUAACCCUUUAUUGGGUUUCUUCUAUGAUUCAGGGGUGUUUGCCAUUGUGACAGAAUUCUGUUCCAGAAGGAGCCUAGAAGACAUAUUGACAAAUCAGGAUGUGAAACUUGACUGGAUGUUUAAAUCGUCACUUCUGCUCGAUCUCAUCAAGGGCAUGAAGUACUUACACCACAGAGAGUUUGCUCAUGGGAGGUUGAAAUCUCGGAACUGUGUGGUAGAUGGGCGUUUUGUACUAAAAGUGACAGAUUACGGCUUUAAUGACAUCUUGGAAACGCUAAGACUCUCCCAAGAGGAACCUUCUGCAGAAGAGUUGCUAUGGACGGCCCCUGAACUAUUGAGAGCCCCAAAGGGCAGCAGGUUAGGUUCUUUUGCAGGAGACGUCUAUAGCUUUGCCAUCAUCAUGCAAGAAGUGAUGGUCCGGGGCACCCCAUUCUGCAUGAUGGAUCUGCCUGCCAAAGAAAUCAUAGACAGACUUAAGAAGCCUCCUCCUGUGUACAGACCAGUGGUUCCUCCUGAGUAUGCCCCUCCAGAAUGUCUCCAGCUGAUGAAGCAGUGCUGGGCUGAAGCUGCAGAACAGCGACCAACUUUUGAUGAAAUAUUUAAUCAGUUUAAGACUUUCAAUAAAGGGAAGAAGACCAAUAUCAUUGACUCCAUGCUUCGAAUGUUGGAGCAAUAUUCUAGCAACUUGGAAGAUUUGAUUCGGGAACGGACUGAAGAGCUGGAAAUUGAAAAACAGAAAACGGAAAAGCUUCUAACACAGAUGCUACCCCCAUCAGUUGCCGAAUCCCUCAAAAAGGGCUGCACGGUUGAACCUGAGGGCUUUGACUUGGUCACCUUGUACUUCAGUGACAUUGUGGGCUUCACCACCAUCUCAGCCAUGAGUGAGCCCAUUGAGGUGGUGGACCUUCUCAAUGACCUGUACACACUCUUUGAUGCCAUCAUUGGCAGUCAUGAUGUCUACAAGGUAGAGACCAUUGGAGAUGCUUACAUGGUGGCCUCAGGCCUCCCAAAGAGGAAUGGCAGUCGGCAUGCAGCUGAGAUUGCAAACAUGUCCCUAGAUAUCCUGAGCUCUGUGGGUACCUUUAAGAUGAGACACAUGCCAGAGGUGCCAGUCCGGAUUCGAAUAGGCCUGCAUUCAGGGCCAGUUGUUGCUGGAGUGGUGGGCCUCACCAUGCCCAGAUACUGCCUGUUUGGAGACACUGUGAACACAGCUUCUCGGAUGGAAUCAACAGGCUUACCUUACCGCAUUCAUGUCAGUCACAGCACCGUGACAAUUCUUCGAGCUCUGAGUGAAGGCUAUGAAGUGGAGCUUCGAGGAACGACAGAGCUCAGGGGCAAAGGCACAGAAGAGACCUUCUGGCUGGUUGGAAAAAAAGGCUUCACGAAGUCCCUUCCUCAGCCCCCACCAGAGGGCAAAGAUGGGCAAGUGGGCCAUGGCUUACAACCAGUGGAGAUUGCAGCCUUCCAAAGAAGAAAAGCAGAAAGGCAGCUGGUGAGAAACAAGCCAUAA